UUCACCGAUUACUGAAGUGCAUGACAAUGCUGGUAAAGAGAAGGGCACUGCAGCACUUUUUUUUACAGACGCUUUGCUUUAGAAUGAGUUUUCGACAUAUUGUUAUUAUCGGAUUAUGCGUGACUCUUUGUUCAAACAGCUCUGAUGGACAUCAAAAAAGAGCGACGGAACCAUGUCCCAGAGGUUUGACCCUAUCACUUGGCGAUUGCUUCUUACACACAAAUGUGGCACCGGCUUGUUCUGCAAUGGGCAUCAUGUUUGUGAUAAAUGCACACUCAAAAGUAACAGACAGUGCCCUAUUUCAUAAUGUUAUUCAAAGAAUAACUGAAAUAACAAAGGAGUUACUAAUCGCGGACACGACUCUUUUACAAGUUAAGAAAAUCAACGUUACAAUGGAGAUGGUAAACGACGGUCCUACAUGGGAUUUACAGACAAAGGGAGAAGACAUUAACUAUAGCUUUGAUUUUAAAAUGUUGGAAGGUGGUUUGUCGGUAGAAUGUCGAAUAACUAUAUUAUGA